AUCGAUUCUUUCUCGGAUACGAGGAUUUUAAGCUGCUGUUGCUGCACCUAGUUUUCCAAUAUAACAUAUCUAUUCCGUUUUCUACACCGUUUGCAUCUGUCUGCACAAACAGACAGCGUCUCUCACCUCCUCCCGGCUCCCAGUAAACAUGGCAGAUCGAGAGUACUUGGUUUACCAGGCUAAACUAGCAGAACAAGCCGAGAGAUACGAUGAAAUGGUGGAGUCCAUGAAGAGCGUUGCAGGAAAGGACACAGAGCUGACCGUAGAGGAGAGAAACCUGUUAUCGGUGGCGUAUAAGAACGUGAUCGGCGCUCGACGAGCCUCCUGGAGGAUCAUCAGCAGCAUCGAGCAGAAAGAGGAGAGCAAGGGAGGAGAGGGCAAGCUCAAGAUGAUCCGGGAAUACAGACAAGCGGUUGAGAAUGAGCUGAAAUCUGUUUGCAGUGACAUACUGGAUGUCCUGGACAAACACCUCAUUCCUGCAGCCAACACGGGAGAAUCCAAAGUCUUCUACUACAAAAUGAAAGGAGACUACGACAGGUACCUAGCAGAGUUUGCCACAGGUAAUGACAGGAAGGAAGCAGCGGAGAACAGUUUGGUGGCGUAUAAAGCUGCCAGUGACAUCGCCAUGAUUGAGCUCCCGCCCACACAUCCCAUCCGGCUCGGACUCGCUCUCAACUUCUCUGUCUUCUACUACGAGAUCCUGAACUCCCCUGACCGCGCCUGCAGGUUGGCGAAGGCGGCGUUUGACGAUGCGAUUGCGGAGCUGGACACGCUGAGUGAGGACAGUUACAAGGACUCGACACUCAUCAUGCAGCUGUUGCGGGACAACCUGACACUCUGGACCUCAGACACACAGGGAGACGGUGAAGAACAAACUAAAGCAGCGCCUCCAGAUGCUGAGGAUGAAAAGCAGUGAGAAGUGACGGCCAACACGCUAAACUCCCUUCUCUCCAUCCGUCUCUCUCUCUCUCUCAGCGUCUCUCGUGUGUCCCUGUCUCUCAGGGAAGCUCAUGAUGUCAUCGAGAAGAGAUCAGAUGCAGAUCUGUCCAUCCCUGUCUAUCACUUCAUUUUUCUCCCCUCUCGCUCGUUAUAUCAUCGCUUUGCUCUCUGAUCAUCUACAC